AGGAUCAUGGCAGAGAGGAGAGCGGCGGUCCAGGCGGCUGCAGAGCCCGACUUCCUGCAGUUCAACAACUUGGCGUGUGAAACAGCCGGAGGGAAGGUGAUCUUUGCGACAGACGAAUGGUUCGCUCCCGCUGCAAACCUGCUCAAGAGAGAGCCUCCGCGGUUCAUCGCCUCGGCCUUCACUGAGUUCGGGAAGUGGAUGGACGGGUGGGAGACCAGGAGGAAAAGGACGCCCGGUCACGACUGGUGCAUCAUCCAGCUGGGAGUGCCGGGCCUGAUCCACGGCCUCGACGUCGACACCUCCUUCUUCACUGGGAACCAUUCCCCCUGCGUCUCCGUCCAGGCCGCCUGCCUGGACACCCCCCCCACCAUCAGUCUGGAGGGAGACCGAACCGGCAUGGCCGCCUCCGACAGUCAGCUGGCUGCAGUUGCCAAGCUGGGCUCGGAGGCGUGGCCUGUGCUGCUUCCUGUGACGGAGCUGCAGCCUGGAUACUCCGACUGCUGCCACAACUACUUCAGUGUGAGCUGCAGCCAUAGGGUCACACACCUGAGGGUCAACAUGCACCCAGACGGAGGCAUCGCUCGGCUGCGUGUUUACGGCGUCGGCCGGAGAGACUGGUCGUCUGUCUCCGCCCACCAGGACGUCGACCUGCUGGCUCUGACCAAUGGGGGAGUCUGCCAGGGCUACAGCGACGCCCACUUCGGACAUCCACGCAACAUGAUUGGUCCAGGCCGAGCCGCCAACAUGGGCGACGGAUGGGAGACGGCUCGCAGACUGGACCGACCCAGAGAGCUGGAGGUAGAUGGGCGGGGCAUCCUGCAGGUGCCCGGCUACGAGUGGGCGGUGUUUCGGCUCGGCCGGCCCGGGACGAUCAGCAGCAUCGAGGUCGACACAAACCACUUUAAAGGAAACUACCCGGACUCGUGCAGGAUCGAGGCGUGCACUCUGACCCCUGACCAGGAAGCUCAGUGCAUCCGGAGCAGAUGGACUUCUGGGAAAUGGAGGCUCCUCCUGCCUCCUCAGAAACUCCGCCCCCAUCACAGGCACCGCUACGGCGGCGAGGAGCUGGCGCUGAGCGAGCCGGUCUCUCACAUCCGGCUGGUCAUCGCCCCGGACGGAGGAGUGAGCCGCCUGCGGGCCUGGGGCCGCCCCGUGCCGCCCGCCGCCACGCCGCAGAGACACCGCAUCCCUGCCGCCAAACUGUGA